AUGGAUGCUGAGCUGACCUUUGAACCCAACUCAACCACUCUAUAUUCUGGGGAGCACGUUAAUCUCACGUGUCACAUGAGAGAAGCAAAUGUCAGUGAGUGGUAUUAUGAGUUCAAGUGGAACGACAAACCACUGGUCCCCAUCACUCCCAGUAACGUCCUCAGGAUUCCAGAGCUAACGCCCGACAGGAACGGGGAUUAUCAGUGCAUCGCUCACCACAACAGAUCAGAAGAGAGCAAACAGAGCAACAGGGCCACUCUCUCUGUGUCAGCACACAGACCCAGAGCCACAGUGAGAGCAUCCAGGACGUCCAUCCCAGUGGGCGGCUCUCUGACUCUGACCUGUUCUGUGGAGCAGUCUGCUGGUUGGAGCUACGACUGGUUCACACGUUCCCCAGACGCUGAGGAAACCGCCAUCGCAACAAAUCCUGUGCACAACUCUCUGAGCAUCUCACAGGGAGGCAGCUACUGGUGCAGGGGGAGAAGGACUCACUCAGAUUUCUUCUCAGAGAAGAGUCACGUGCAUCACAUCGACAGAACCUUGUCCAACAGAAGCUUUGUCGUGCUGCAACACAACUGGACUCAGAUAUUCAGCGGUGAGACGAUCUCUGUCAGGUGUGAGAUCCAGGGAGGAGGAGACACCCAGUGGGAAUAUGAAUGGAGGACAACAAGCUCCCACCAACCAGUCACUGGUCCAAACACAGCUCCCACACACAGUGAAUACAGGCUGGGCCCUGCCUCUGUUUUCCACAGUGGAGAGUACUGGUGUAAGGCCAGAGCGGACUGGUAUUCCUCAACAGAGUGGAGUGAGGCCUUCCAGCUGAGAGUAACACGUACGUCCAAUCAUCUUUCACAACCUCCACGAGGACGUUACGUCUUCACCUCUUUCUAUUGGUUGUUCUUAGCAGGACCAGCAAAGUGUGAUCUGGAUGUGGACCUCAAGUGGUCCAUGAAUGCCGAUAAACCCAGGCCCAGGCUGACUGCUGAUGACACAACCAUCACAGGAAAGGGAAGCGUAGCACUGACCUGCUCUGUGGAGAACGCAGCUGAGUGGAGAUACGACUGGUUCAGAAGAACCUCAGCCUCCUCUGCAGCUCAGAUCCUAAGAUAUAAUGAAACAGAUGAUGAAAUCAGCAUCUCAGAGGAAGGCAUCUACAGCUGCAGAGGACGGAGAGGAGACACAAGCUUCCUCACAGAGGACAGCAACCGAGUCACAAUAGAGAACAGAGUUUCCCACAAGGCCUCUGUGGUCCUGCAACCUGACUGGUCUCUGGUCUUCAGCGGUGAGAGGAUCACUGUCCGGUGUGAGCUCCCUGCAGAUGAACUGACUGAGGUGGAGUAUGAAUGGACCAAUCCCACAGAUGAACUGACUGAGGUGGAGUAUGAAUGGACCAAUCCCACAGAUGAACUGACUGAGGUGGAGUAUGAAUGGACCAAUCCCACAGAUGAACUGUCUGAGUGGGAGUAUGAAUGGACCAAACCCAACUCAACUACGGCUCCAACACACAAUGAACACAGGAUUGUCAACGUGUCCUCGUCCGACAGUGGAAGCUACAGGUGUUUGGCUAAAGACAAGAAGAACUUGAAUUCCACGACCGAGUGGAGCGAUGACGUCACAUUAACAGUUUCUGAAAGACCAGCGGCUCAGCUGAGUGCUGACCACAGAGCCUUUCCAGUAGGGGGCAGUGUGCUCCUGACCUGCUCCGUGGGCCCAGCAUCACCUGGAUGGAAGUAUUACUGGUACAGAGGUGAGAAGACCUCGGAGCCCCUGACGGAUGAGGACUUCAAGUCACAUGGACAAAGUGCUAGUGCCUCACGUGAAGGACUGUACUGGUGCAGAGGAGGAAGAGGAGAUCCAGUUUACUACACCCAGUACAGUCACUCAGUCAGGAUUCAUGGAAUCGUCCACAACAGAGCUGCUGUGACUCUUCAACCCAACUGGCCGAGCAGAUACAGAGGAGAAGCCGUCACCCUGAGGUGUGAGAUCCAGGGAGGAGACUCUGAGUGGGAGUAUGAAUGGACAGCAACCAGCUCACAGGCACCCCCCAACACAAAGGAGUUCAGGAUCAGUCUGGGGUCAGAUCUGAGCGGCAGCUACUGGUGUCAGGGCCGACUGAAAGGUGCAUGGCAGAACUCAACAGGAUGGAGUGCUCCCCUCACGUUGUCUGACGCGGCUGCACCACCACCUGUCCUCACUGUGUCUCCAUCAUGGCUGACUCCUGGAGCCUCAGGGACUCUCACCUGUGGGGGGGUUCCACAUCCCACUGCAGGAUGGAGGUUCUACUGGUACAGAGCGCACCCCAUUAGUUUGGAUCCAGUCCCAAGAUGUCCCCAGUCAGAUCAAUAUCACACUCCUGAGUUCAGUUAUGAGCUGCUCCCAGGAAGCGACGGAGGAACUGAACAAAACUCCUCCGUCAUCCAAGGCCUGACGGAGUCAGCAGGUUAUUCAUGUCGAGCUGGAAGAGGAGACCCCGUGUUUUACACUGAGUACAGUGAGACAAAGUGGGUGUGGCCUGUAGAUUCCUAUUCGUCAGUGUCUCUCACAGUGAAGCCGGACUCAGUGCAGCACUUCGAUGAUGACAACGUCCGUCUGACCUGCGAGGGAAACUCUGAUGAGUGGAGAUUGUGGAUGUUUACUGGAGAAGUAGAAUUGACAGAGUGCAAGUCUCACAAGACAAUGACAAGCUUCUCAUGGAACAUAUAUCUUCCUUCUGGAGUUUUCUGGUGUGGAUCUGGAUCAGAGAUCAGCAACGCAGUCAACAUCACGAGAGAUUCAGAUCGUGUUCUCCUGGAGAGCCCUGCCCAUCCUGUGACUGGGGGACAGUCCGUUACUCUCAGCUGCUCAUUGUUCAGAAGAACAAACCUCGAUUCCAGUUUCUUUUUCUACAAAAAUGGUGAACUCCUCCAAAGUGAUGUCAAAGGGAAACUGGAAAUCUCAGCUGUGUCAAAGUCAGAUGAAGGUUUCUACAAGUGUGAACAUUCAGGAGUCUUCUCACCAGAGAGUUGGAUGUCAGUAAAAUAUUCAGAUCGUGUUCUCCUGGAGAGCCCUGCCCAUCCUGUGACUGAGGGAGUGUCCGUUACUCUCAGCUGCUCAUGGUUCGGAAGAAAACUCGAUUCCAGUUUCUCUUUCUACAAAAAUGAUGAACUCCUCCAAAGAGAUAUCAGAGGGAAAAUGGAAAUCUCAUCUGUGUCAAAGUCAGAUGAAGGUUCCUACAAGUGUGAACAUUCAGGAGUCUUCUCACAGGAGAGUUGGAUGUCAGUAAAAUAUUCAGAUCGUGUUCUCCUGGAGAGCCCUGCCCAUCCUGUGACUGAGGGAGUGUCCGUUACUCUCAGCUGCUCAUGGUUCGGAAGAAAACUCGAUUCCAGUUUCUCUUUCUACAAAAAUGAUGAACUCCUCCAAAGAGAUAUCAGAGGGAAAAUGGAAAUCUCAGCUGUGUCAAAGUCAGAUGAAGGUUUCUACAAGUGUGAACAUUCAGGAGUCUUCUCACCAGAGAGUUGGAUGUCAGUAAAAUUGACUCCUGCAGCACCUCCCUCUGCGUCUCCUGUGCCGCUGGUCGUUGGGCUGGUUGGAGGCUUCACACUGAUUCUCCUCCUCUCACUGCUGCUGUUGUGUUGGUGCAGGAAUUCAAAGAAUCUGUGUCGUGACAGGCUCAGCCAGUCUCUGAGAACCAAUCAGAGCUCAGACCCAACUGUCCAAUACGAUGAAAUCCAGCUGCCAGUGUACUCGUCUCUUCUCCACGGUGACGACUGCAUCUAUGACUCAAUCAGAGGAGACACGGAGGAAGGAACCCGAGGUGAUCCAUAGGAGACGUCUGACUACGUUAAUGAAAAUCCACAUUCAGCUUCAGGAGGACUAUGAAUGGUUCAUCCUCCAGAAAACAAGAGCAUGAAAAUCAACAUUCAUCCUGAAACACCUUCACAUGUUAGACUCACCAGUUUUGUAACAGCUCAUUGGAAAGAACGACUUGAUCUGGAUUGAAUUUCAGUAUAAAUGAAAAAUAAAUGUUGUGAUAUUUGCUUUUGUGUUUAAGUUCAAUAUUUCAAUUGGCUGAUAUGGGCCUUUUAAGAUAUGCUCCGAUAUGAAAAGGUUUAUUUUACAGGAUAAAUAAUGUGCU